GUUUUUUUUUUCUUCAUAUUUAUUUGUUUUCUUCUAUAUAAAUCGCACAUCGCCUGAACGUCAUCGCGACACUGUCGAGUGUCGUCCACUGCGCGCAUCGCAGCCGUCGUCGUUUGUCGCGCGUUUUAUUAAUACAUCGUCGGCACUACUCGCCGGGGCAUUGUGCUAUAAUUAUCUCGCGAUUCGCUGGCAGGUCUGCCCGUUUAACGAGAGAUAAUUCGCCGGGUAAACGCUGACGGUGCACCGCACAGAAUCCGGCACGACUAUUGGUAGGUACGCCGUUGGAGUCUGGAGAUCACCACGACUGCUGCUGUAGACGGAACCGUGAACAUGGAUGCAGAAUCGUUUUUGGAGUUUGCCAGCCAAGUGACCAAAUGGAAGAUGUACCCGUACUUUGAUGUUGCGCAUAGCGUCCUAUGUGCGCUCCAUGUCCGUGACGACCUCGGUCCAGGAGCACUGGCUUUUUCACGCAAGCACCCCAUUUCCUGUUGGCUGUCUACAAUGUUGGUCGUCUUUGCUGGAGGCAUGUUGAGCGCUGCUCUACUUGGCGAACCCCCUCUAGCACCGCUCAAAAAUUCUCAACAGCUUUUGAUUGCWACAGCCGUUUGGUAUCUAGUUUUUUACACACCUUUUGAUAUUGGAUAUAGUAUUGCAAAGUUUCUUCCUGUGAAAUUAGUGUUUUCCGUCAUGAAAGAAAUAUAUCGUUGUAAAAAAGUACAUGAUGGAGUAUUGCAUGCAGCUAAAUUAUAUCCCAACGCCUAUGUCAUAAUGGUUUUAAUCGGAACCCUUAAAGGAAAUGGUGCUUCAUUUACAAAAAUUAUUGAAAGACUUUUAAGAGGAGUGUGGACACCCACAUCUAUUGAGACAUUACAACCCAGUUUUACUACUAAAGCAUGCAUUAUAGCAUCCGUGGUGUUUGUACUUGAUAUUAAAAGUGAUUUAAUAUCAGCUCCACAUGCUUUUGUUUAUGUUUUUGUCAUYGGUUUCUUCAUAUACUUCAAGGUAUUUUCUUCAAUGAUUUUGGGUAUACAUGAGCCAAUGCUACCAUUUGAAAACUUGAUAUGCGCAAUAUUCUUUGGAGGUAUCUUUGAUUAUACCACAAAAGCAUUCAAAAAUACCAAAGACGACAAAGUUGAUACAAAAAAGAAAGACUAACCACAAGUGAAAUUUGGUUUAUGUUUUAAAUUAUGAAAUUCACUAUGUGAUGAAUUAUUUUAUAUCUAGUCAAUGCAUUUUUCAUGCACAAAAACAAAUCAUAAUGUUCCCCAAUUGACUAUUAAUUAUAAAAUCAGGUUUUUUUUUUAAAUGUA